AAGGGAAGGCGAGGCGGCGGCGGCAGCGGCAGCGGCAGCGGGAGGAGGAGGCAGCUGCGGGCCCGGGAGCGCAUCCCUCUCCAAGGAUGCCAGGCGGGGGUGGCUCUCCUUGCUCCGCAGCCUCCCGCCGUCUCCCGCAGCCCCGGCGCUGGGAUCCGCUUGUGCACUAGUCCGAGGCGCGCACCCAGGGGAGUCGGGACCGAAGGGGGGCGCCUCCCCCCCACCUCCCCAAAUCGCUGGCUCGCUGGCUCUCUUUUCGGUGGGCAGAUCUGGAGAGUUGCCCCCCCCGCUCCGCCUGGUGCGCAAUUGACCAAGGAACUUGGGGCGCGUUAUUGCAACUUGCAUGGAGGUGUUUGCAGCCGCGGGACUUGAACAACCGCUUCGCCUCGGACUCGCCUCCCGUCCCUCGCUUUUUGCCCGGGGUUCGUUUUUCCAGCACCCCCUUCCCCCGAGGCAAGGCAUGGCAAACUUCGGCUCGCUCGCUGCUUCCUCCUGGAAGAAGGUCUUGAAGUCCUGCUGAGCAAAGAUCAGGGCAAAUGUCAUAGGAUGAACCCAGCUGGACCACUCUUACUGUCUGUGAUAUCGUGUCUCGUGUGGCUCUCCCAGGGCUUCGACCCAGCUCCCAGCGCCUGCUCCGCCUUGGCCUCCGGGGUUCUCUACGGCUCCUUUUCGCUGAAGGACCUCUUUCCCACCGUCUCCACCGGCUGCUCGUGGACCUUGGAGAAUCCCGACCCCACCAAGUACUCCUUGUACCUCAGGUUCAACCGGGAGGAGCAGGUCUGCGCCCAUUACUUGCCCAUGGUCCUGCCGCUGGACCACUACCUCUCCAACGACACCUGCAGCCAGCCGGAGCCCACGGCCCUGCCCCAGGAGGAGGAGGAGGAGGACGGGGACCACCACAGAGGGGAGGCCAGGUUGGAGCUCUGCCAAGGCGGGGGACCCUUUGCCUUCUACCACUUUGACAAGAACUUCGUGCAGCUGUGCCUGGCCGAGGAGCCGGAGGCCGCCAGCCGCCUGCUGCGGCCCGAGGCGGUGGAGUUCCGCUUCGUGGAAGUCCUCCUGAUCAACAACAACAACUCCAGCCAGUUCACCUGCAGCGUCUUGUGCCGCUGGCUGGAGGAAUGCCUCCGUCUGGGCGCUGGCCAGCCCUGUGGCCUCUCCCAAACCGGGUGCACCUGCCAGGCGCCUCAAACUCUGCCAGCGCCACCUCAGCCCAGCCAGACCCACUCCAAUGCCUUGACUCCGCCUGCCACCACCACCGCCACCACGACCAGCAGCAGCAGCAGCAACAGUAACUGCUGUGCGACCGAAUUGCAUUCUGGGAAUGCGAAUGACAUAUACUCUCCGGAGAUUAAAUACGGUGAUGGUGUGCAAGAGGAUCAGAAGGUGAAAACCCAGUGGCCACGAUCGGCAGAUGAACCGGGGGUGUACAUGGCUCAAACAGGAGACCCUGCGGCAGAAGAAUGGUCCCAGUGGAGUGUCUGCUCCCUGACCUGCGGGCAGGGUACCCAGGUGCGGACUCGAUCCUGCGUCUCAUCGCCUUACGGGACACUGUGUAGCGGGUUGUUGCGGGAGACACGGAUAUGCAAUAAUACUGCCACCUGCCCAGUGGAAGGCCAGUGGCUGGAGUGGGGAGCCUGGAGUCGCUGCUCCGUGUCCUGUUCCAAUGGCACUCAGCAGCGCACCCGCAAGUGCAGCGUCUCGGCGCACGGCUGGGGGGAGUGUCGAGGGGCUCACGCCGAUGCCAGGGAGUGCUACAAUCCAGAAUGUCCAGCCGACAGCAAGUGGGGCCCCUGGAACCACUGGAGUUUGUGUUCUAAGACGUGUGACACGGGCUGGCAGCGGCGCUUCCGGAUGUGCCAGGGGACGGGCGUGCAAGGCUACCCCUGCGAAGGCAGUGGGGAGGAAGUCAAGACAUGCAAUGAGAAGAAAUGCCCAGCUUACCACGAGAUGUGCAAGGACGAGUACGCCAUGCUGAUGAUGUGGAAGAAAGCGGCCGCCGGCGAGAUUGUAUACAACAAAUGCCCGUCCAACGCCACAGGUUCGGCCAGCCGCCGGUGUCUGCUCAACUCCCAUGGUGUGGCUUACUGGGGCACACCCAGCUUCGCACGCUGCAUUUCCCAUGAAUACAGAUACUUACAUCUCUCACUCCGAGAGCAUCUGGCCAAGGGGCAGCGCAUGCUGGCAGGCGAGGGGAUGUCUCAGGUGGUCCGUGCCCUCCUGGAGCUUGUAGCCCGCAAGACGUACUAUAGUGGGGAUUUGCUUUUCUCAGUGGAGAUCCUGCGCAACGUCACUGACACCUACAAGAGAGCCACCUACAUUCCUUCCUCUGAUGAUGUGCAGCGGUUCUUCCAUGUGGUCAGCAACAUGGUGGAUGCAGAGAACAGAGACAAGUGGGAGGAUGCUCAACAGGUCUUGCCUGGCUCUGUCCUCCUCAUGAAGGUGGUGGAAGAUUUCAUCCAUCUGGUGGGUGACGCACUCAAAGCCUUCCAGAGCUCCCUCAUUGUCACAGACAACUUGGUGAUCAGCAUCCAGAGAGAACCGGUCUCAGCCGUCUCCAGCGACAUCAACUUCCCCAUGAAAGGCCGGCGAGGAAUGAAGGAUUGGGCCCGACACUCCGAGGAUAAGAUCUUCAUUCCAAAGGAAGUGCUCACUCUCUCCUCUUCCGAAGCAGAGGAAUCGUCUUAUUUUGUCAUUGGCACCAUCUUGUAUCGCACUUUGGGCCUAAUCCUGCCUCCUCCCAGAAGUCCCCUGGCUGUCAUGUCCAAAGUUCUCACAGUGACCGUGAAGCCACCCACCAGAUCCGUGGAACCUUUGAUUUCGGUGGAGCUGUCACAUAUCAUCAACGGUACCUCACAUCCACAGUGUGUGACUUGGGAGUACACCAAAGUGGAGCUUGGCGCCGGGAACUGGGACACCGACAGCUGCCGGACGGUGGAAACCCUCUCCGCCCACACCAAGUGCCUGUGCAGCCAGCUCUCCACCUUUGCUGUGGUUGCCCAGCUGCCCAAAGACUUGGCCAUGGACUCUGGUAGUUCCCCCUCGGUCCCGCUUAUGAUCGGUUGCGCUGUCUCUUGUAUGGCUUUGCUGACGUUACUGGUGAUCUACGCUGCCUUCUGGAGGUUUAUCAAGUCGGAACGCUCCAUCAUUCUCCUGAACUUUUGCGUCUCCAUUUUGGCCUCCAAUGUGUUGAUCCUGGUGGGACAGUCCCAGAUGCUCAGCAAGGGUGUUUGUACCAUGACAGCUGCGUUCCUCCAUUUCUUCUUCCUUUCUUCCUUCUGCUGGGUGCUGACAGAAGCCUGGCAGUCUUACCUGGCUGUGAUCGGUAGGAUGCGGACCCGCCUCGUCCGUAAACGCUUCCUCUGCCUCGGAUGGGGAUUGCCAGCGCUUGUGGUCGCCGUCUCCGUGGGCUUCACAAGGACCAAAGGAUACGGGACAUCCAGCUACUGUUGGCUGUCCCUUGAAGGAGGACUCCUCUACGCCUUUGUUGGCCCUGCUGCUGUGAUCGUUCUGGUCAACAUGCUGAUUGGAAUUAUUGUCUUCAACAAGCUGAUGUCUCGAGAUGGCAUCUCAGAUAAAUCCAAGAAGCAGCGAGCUGGCACGAUGCAUGUUAGGCCAGCUGGGGCCUCUCCCCGCUUCAGGAGCCCCCCAUGUGGCAGCCUGCUCUUGAAAUGUACCAAGUGCGGCGUGAUCUCGAGCACAGCGUUGCCCUUGGCCACUGCUAACAGUGCAAUGGCAUCGCUAUGGAGCUCCUGCGUGGUCCUUCCCCUCCUGGCACUCACCUGGAUGUCGGCCGUGCUUGCCAUGACCGACCGGCGCUCCAUCCUCUUCCAGGUCCUCUUUGCCGUCUUCAACUCAGUCCAAGGCUUCGUCAUCAUCACCGUCCAUUGCUUUCUCCGCAGAGAGGUCCAAGAUGUGGUGAAGUGCCAGAUCGGGGUCUGCAAGAGCGACGAGAACGAGAACUCCCCGGACUCGUGCAAGAAUGGGCAAGUCCAGAUCAUGACAGAUUUUGAAAAAGACGUGGACCUGGCGUGUCAGACAGUCCUCUUUAAAGAGGUCAACACAUGUAACCCGGCCACUAUCACAAGCACCUUGUCGCGCAUUUCACUGGAUGGGGACGAGGAUCCAAAGCUCAACACCAGCUCCGAGGGUGGCUUGGAGCCCUUCUCCUCUCUCCCUGGGAACAUCCCUCCAGCUUCCAUCCUAGUCCAGAUGCCGAAAAUGACGCACAAUGUGGUGAAAGGGAUGAACGAGCUCAACGACCCACCAGCCAAGAAGGAAGUCAACCUGGAUGCAGCCCGGGGGCCGGUUUACCUUUGCAGUGAUAGCAACCUGCGGCAGCUGGACUACGGUUGGCUGCGGCCGCAAGAGGCGGCGGUCGAAAGCAACUACAUGGUGCUGCCGCGGCGGACCGUGAGCCUUAAGCCUUUCGCCCGGGAGGAGGGCAAACUCAACAUCAAACUGGACGAAGCACCGGGCCUCACCAAAGGCCGCCACCCCAUGGAAACCAACCCCUACCCCAGCUUUGCCUCUAUGGACCACAUCAAUGUGAACUUGAACCAACCCUAUGGGACCGUCAAACAACCCUAUGGCCUGCAGUUUAAGCAGCACCCCACGGUACGGCAGAUCUUGGCCUCGGAGUUGUCUGAGCGCAGCCGUACCAUGCCACGUACUGUGCCUGGAUCUGCCAUGAAGGUGGGCUCCUUGGAGAGGAAAAGACUGCGAUAUUCUGACCUGGAUUUUGAGAAAGUGAUGCACACACGAAAGCGCCACACGGAACUUUACCAUGAACUGAAUCAGAAAUUCCACACGUUGGACCGGUAUCGGGUCCCAGCGACUAAUGCUGCAAAGAGGGAGAAGCGGUGGAGCAUGUCUUCAGGGAGCGGGGAAAAGAACAUGACCGGUGAGGUCACCAGCCCAGAGAGCCGGCAGCAGAAGCAGAGGUCGUGGAGUACCUUCAAGGCCAUGACGCUCAGCUCCUUGCCCUCCAAGCACCGGGAGAAACUGGAACUUCAUUCAGCUGACUGGGAAAAACAUUGCAUGAGUUUGGAUCUCUCGGACGGGGACUUCCAGACAGAAGUGUGAGCCCUCGGGGACUCGUGGAUUUAGCGAACUAUAAAUAUAUACAUAUAUAUAUAUUUUCACACAGACACUUUGGAAAAAGAAGCAAAACAAGACAAAAAAAGGGAAACAAACAAACAAAACGAAUCCCAGUCCCUUCCCCUUCUGGUGGUUUUAUUGGUCUGGGAAAAAAAUGUGGCUACCUAUUAGACGUUACCACAGGAGGGAAGCAGGGGGCAACAAGCAUCGUAUCACCUCUUCUCCCCCCCCAUCACAGGUGCCCCACUUCGCACGUCGGCUUCACAUGGAAGAUCCUGCAAGGGGGGGGGAAGGUCUCCUCUUCCCCCCACCCCACCUGUCCUUUCUGCCACUGGCCUUUCCCCACCACGGCUCACUGCUGGGACACCAAAGCGUGCACACACAGUCACGGACGCAGCUUUCCGAAUCUCCCCGUCCCUCCACACACCCCUGAGGACUUGGCCGGAUGUCUCCCCCUUCUUGAGAACGAGAGAGAGAGAGAAAGAAUGAUAUGAACUCUUUUUCUUUUUCUAUCUGGGUAUUUUUCUCGUGCCAUGCACUGUGUGCACUGGGGCAGGUUUCAGUGCCACCCCCGUCUCCUCUUUGAGGCCCCGAUCUUUGCACCCCUUUUUUCCUCCAACUCCAGGUCUACCUGCCUUGGCAGCGGUGGAGGAGACCCCACCGCUUCUACUGCUCCCUUCUGCACAAACAUCCUCCCAUCAUACCCUGGAGAGCCCCCCCCCCCUUGUCUUUCACCUUUUCCCUCACUCACCCCCCCCCCAACGUCCUGUAUCCCAGGCCAGGCAGGCGCUGUAUUUGUUGGAAAUUAAAAAAAAAACAAAAUCACAUGACGGACCUUGGCUGCUGUCUGGUUGUCAGUUUUAUUCUUGCGUGGCGGGUUCUGAUCUGUGAAACAGAGUUCAUUCUGGCCACCUGGCCUGUCCAGAACGAGGGCGAGAAUUCCAGCAGCCCAGAGGCCUUGUGUAGAGAGCACUCCGACUUCAGGUUCCGAAGACGUCCCAAGUUCAUCUAGUCCACCCCUUCUGCCUAUGCAGAAAUUCACAGUAAAAGCAUCCCUUAAAAAAAAAAAA